UUGUGGAGCGUGACCGGAGGAGGUGGGAGCGGAGGACCCGCGCCUUCUCCUUGCUACUUGGGGUCGCGGCCUUGCUCCCGCCGUGCGAGGCAAGCGUCCGGGUACGUCCACGCGCGUGUGUGCGCGUGGAGCCUGAAGUGCUCGGGGGUCCGCGCUAGGGGCUCUGCAGGGACAGAAGCAGCCAUGGGCGGGGCCUCCAGCACACGCCGGGUCACCUUCGAGGCGGACGAGAAUGAGAACAUCACCGUGGUGAAGGGCAUCCGGCUUUCGGAAAAUGUGAUUGAUCGUAUGAAGGAAACAUCUCCAUCAGGCUCGAAGUCUCACCGAUAUUCUGGUGCUUAUGGUGCCUCAGUUUCCGAUGAAGAACUGAAGAGAAGAGUAGCCGAGGAGCUGGCUCUGGAGCAAGCCAAGAAAGAGUCUGAAAACCAGAAACGACUAAAGCAAAGCAAAGAACUGGACCGAGAGAGGGCUCUUGCCAAUGAGCAGUUAACCAGAGCUAUUCUCCGAGAGAGGAUAUCGAGUGAGCAGGACCGCACGAAGGCAAAGCACCUGGACAUUGAAGUCAAAGCGAGGAUGCUGGAAGAGAAAGAUCGAGCGAUCAAGAGGCAGGAUGCAUUCUACAAAGAGCAGCUGGCUAGACUGGAGGAGAGGAGCUCAGAGUUCUACAAAGUCACCACUGAAGAAUAUCAGAAAGCUGCUGAGGAGGUGGAAGCAAAGUUCAAUUGGAUAAGCCUAUUCCUAAUGUGUUGCCUCUCCCUGCUUCCAACCAGGCGGUAUGAGGUUCACCCGGUCUGUGCGGAUCUGCAGGCCAAGAUUCUCCAGUGCUACCGCCAGAACACCCAGCAGACCCUCCGCUGCUCUGCGCUGGCCAGCCAGUACAUGCGCUGUGUCAAUCAGGCCAAACAGAGCAUGAUUGAGAAGGGAGGAUAAAAGCCACUUUCAGAACAAGCAAAACUCCGUCAACGUUGAUUCCAGAGGCGGUGGGACAUAUUUUUUCCUUGUAAGAAAGUAACCUGUUUAGAGAAAAGCCGAUGAAGAGAAGCACUGGGAGCAGAGUGAACAGAAGUGCAUCACAGUUAUUCAACAAGAACGGAAAGCCGAGGCCUAGCUAGAUCAGGGAUCAGCCGCAAAGGACACGCCACAGUGUUAGUAACGCCGGCUGUGAUGACAACGAGUGGGCAACCCUUUCUACCUUUCAUAAUUUCUGUCCAACUUUCUCUUCUGACCAAGCUCCAUCACUUGGUGAACCUCCACUCCGGCAAAGCUUGCAGUUGGGACCAGGGAUGAGGAGAUGGGAGUGGGGAGGAGAGGGCAGGAUACCUCCAUCCAGGCCCUCGGUGCUGGCGUAGUAUCCAGACUGUGCAUGUUGGGCUUCUGCUUCCUUUCUCCCUUGACUAUAAGAGCUGUUUCAUUUUAACUUAUGACGAUCAUGUAAAGAAGACAAAAAGGAGAGAAAAUGUCCCUCUUUUACUGGAAUAAUGUUUAUGAUUACAAGUGAAAUAAGGCAUUUUUUGUCAACAUAAAGGCAACCUUGGCUUAUACAACUGCUUCUCUAUCGUGAAUACUGACACCUGACUUCACUCACUAUCAAUAAUAAAUUUAUUUUCUGAUGAAGA